AAAUUAUCUAAAAUUAAAGCGUUAUGGAUGCUCAAAUGGACAACUGAUCACGUGUCUGCAGACAUACGAUGGCAGCUGUUUUUUGAAUUUAAUAUUUGGAUGUUGAAUCAAUUAGAUGCUCGUGUUCCGUUUACAAUAUUUGAGUUCAUAAUGGAUAUCGAUCUCGUGGCAUUUCAGCAAAGCAUGCUAGGCUUAUUGGACCAUUACUUAGAUAUCGCAAAUAAUUACUUUAAAGAUAGUCAUGUAUCUUCGUUAGAAAAAUACGUUGGUGAACGCAUAAUUGUAUCUCAUCUGCUUAAUCUUAUAAUUCAACAUCCUGAGCUCAUAAGUA